CAGUGGGGCCGUAUCGAGUUCAAGCUCUACGAUGACAUCGUCCCGAAGACCGCCAAGAACUUCCGCGAGCUCUGUGAGGCGAAGGAAGUCGGCCAGGGUUACAUCAAGUCCAAGUUCCACCGUGUGAUCGCUGGAUUCAUGGCUCAGGGUGGUGACUUCACCCGUGGAAACGGUACCGGUGGCCGCUCCAUCUACGGCGAGAAGUUCGAGGACGAGAACUUCAACAAGCGUCACGACAAACCCUACUUGCUGUCGAUGGCCAACGCUGGCCGUAACACCAACGGCUCCCAGUUUUUCAUCACUUUCGUCAAGACUCCCCACCUUGACGGCAAGCACGUCGUUUUCGGCGAGGUUGUUGGCGGUAAGGACGUCAUCACCAAGAUGGAAGAGAAGUCGCUCGACAACAGUGGACGUACCACCGGUACCAUCACUAUCGAGAACUGUGGAACUGUAUAA